AUGCAUGGAUGCAGGAAGCGCCUUUGUUGUCUCGAGGGUCGCUCUCAUUGCGGAAUUUUCCUGAGGUCGUUUUUUUAUUUUUUUAAUAGAAUAGUGGGAAUUUUUUUAACCUUAAAUCUCGUUAAAAAGUUAUUUAAAAAAGAUGACUAUCCGCUAUAUGAAAAAGAAGAAAAUAAAAAUUCUACGUAGACGGCUUAACAACCAAAAAAAUUGAAGUUUUAUUUACCCAGUAAAUGCUUUUUCAUCAAAUUGAUGAACUUUCAAAGCGGAUAAUUAGAAGUUCAACAACUGAAAUACAAACUUUUUUUCCUAAAAAAAUAAUAAUAUGAACACUCAUCUCUAACUUACGAAAACAUUUAGAAAAUAAAACUCUUGUGCAAAGUACGAAUGAAAAAAAUUUCUAAAAGCACGUAAUUCUACAUGAGUUACAGUAACCAAGCGCAUGAAUCAACUGUUCGUUGCGAAGCGGCGCGUUCAAAGGAACUUCGUAUAUAAUAAUUCUUUUUUUAGUGCUUUUUUUCUUUGAAAGACAAGUUUUUUUAUAAUUUUUUUUCGGUUUCUUUUUUUGUUUUUUUCAACAAGUUUAUACAAAGAAUGAAAGCCUCGUAAUAUUAAAGUUUGAUUUCCGUCGUCCUCAUUUCAAAUUUUAGAGCUUACUAAUAUUUUCCAAUAUGUUUUUCAUCAAAAAGAAUCAUCACGAGUUUUAGCUAUUUUUGUAUGUCAUGCCAAUCACCCAUCUUAUUCACUGAUAUCGUUUGUUCUUUUUCGAAGUUUUUUUUUUCAUUACACUGGUUCAACACGCCGCCGUCUGGCGCGUCCUCGUUUUUUUCUGUUUUGCGCCAGAGCAUCUGGUUUUCGACCUGGAAAAAGGGGCUUUUGAGAUCAGUAGAAUUUGCACCGGAACUGAAGGAAUAUUCUCCAUUAUUUUAUUUUAUUUUUUGAAACUGUUCAGUCAGAAAAAAAAUCCUCUCAACGAGUUUUUUUUUUCUGCGUUACACUCUUUUCUGGCAUUAUAUUGAUUCAUCUCUACUGCUUACUACUUCUUUUUCUUCUUUCUUCUGCUUCUCUGUUAUUUUCAAGCGUGAGAAAAUAUUUUUUUUUGUUCCUAACAGGCUUCCAAAUCUUUUCUUUUUUGAUCCCAGAAAAAAGAUUCUCUUAUUUUAUUUUUUUUCAACCUUUUUCAAACAUUUACAAUGAAAAUCAGACAGUUUUCAUCCAAUAGAUUUUGUGAAUUUUUUCCGAUUCCAUGGGAGUAAACCGGCCAAGUGGGCAGCUGGCAAAAUAAAAAAAUUUCAGACAGGACCUUUCCACACAAACAAAGACGGAAGAAAAUCGGCGGAUUAUCUAUGCGUUCGCGGAGCGUUUCUGCUUUCCGACGUCUCUUGAGAUGCUCAAAAUUGACGGAGGUUUCCCGAAAUUUUGCCGAUCGGCCCUGCUCUUCUUCCUUCGAAACUUUCGGUAAAUUUCUUUCCAUGCCAAGUUUUUGAUCGAAGUUCUCAUUUGGGAAGGUGAGUUCAUGAUUGUAAAUGGUCUCGCUCCGCCCAUCAUCCUUGAGAUUUUUCAACGAAAUCGUAUAGUAGCUAUCGCCUGAAAAAAUAAUGUGUAAUAAGGGCAUGGGAAGUCCAAUUAAUUUAUCGAAGAUCGUAAAUGUCGUAAAAAACUGUCUCUUAUCUUAUAACCUUCCACUUGGAGAUUGAAGCCUGUCAGUUUUACGAAAACAUAUUACGACUAACAUUAAUCUUCAGUGUUUUAUAAAGAUAUAGUUUAAAUUUAAGUAUAAAAAAAAUCGAAAUGAGGUGGAAACUUGGUCAGAAAUUUUGGAUUCGCUGAACUAGUAGGUCAAAAACCCUUAUCAAAUUGCGAACUUUUGUACUUUUCAUAUCAUUUAUCGGUCUGGCGCUCUUAUCUCUAUACUACUUGUUAACAUUAUCGCAGUUUGUUUCUGUAUUUAAGCGUUCCAUUGCAAGAUAUUUCCACUUCAUGUCUACUGUUUUACAUGUUGAUUCCAAUUUUCAUGAUGGGUCCUUUUUUCCGAUAGAAUUCGAAAUGCUAUUCUUUUUUUUUUUGAAUUUAAGUCCCGUGUGACCGAUUUCCUUUCUAUAGAAUACUUGAUUUCUUUCUCUGCUUUCCUAUCGAAUUUUCUCAGUACUUUUCCUUUUUUUUCUAUCUUCAACCCGAGUUAACUUUUUAAAAAACAGCUUCUGAACUCUUUUUUGUUAUGAUGAGUUUAAUUUUCAAAUUUCGAAGGGUCAAAAGGAACGAAAAAUUGAUCGCCUGAUUCGCCAUAAACUAAAGAGCUCGUGCGCCCCACGAGAACCCAGAGAAACGUUUCUUUUCGAAACUUCGAAACGGAAGUGCUUUCAAAAAAUCUUCCGUCACGAACAUUUAUUCAUAUUUUUCGUUUGUGUAUUGAUCUCUACUCACGGGGAAGAUUCGGAAAUUUUCGACCUUUGCUCACGUGUUUUUCAUUUCACGAGGUCACCUCAUCGAUUUUGUUCCAAAACUUGCGGUCACAUAGUUUUUAAUCGCGUCUCGUGAGCGCAUUUUUAACUAAAAAAUAACUUUUCAAACAGCCGCUUUUCGAGAUUAGCUGCUCGAGAUUCUCUCUAAAAAAUGAGAUGAGCUGAUAAGUCAUGCUAGGAAAUCAGGAGAAGUUUUUUUGUGGCCCCAUUCUUUGAAAAAACUGCUUUCUGAGCAAAUCCAGUAUAACUAGCUUCUCAAAACUUCUUUCUUCCAGUUUUCAGUAGGAAAAAUCAUAUAUAUAGUUCUGUUUAGAUACCACUUUUUUGUACCUUUUCUAAAAAUUUCAGCAGAACGAAAAAUGUUUUUCGCCAGUUUCAAAAAAUAUUCUAUUCACGUGCAUUUUCCAUAUAUUAAUUUUAAAAAUUGACUACGUAAUCGAACAAGAACUAAAUUCAUUUCACUAUUAACCGCUCCGGCAACUCGCAGGGGUUUCUUUCACUAAUUAAAUUGAGGUUUUUUUCGAUUUCUGCUUAUGAAAAAUAUUCUGAUGACAGAGAACAUAAUAUUUCAUGUGUAUGAAGUCGCUUUUUCUCAAUUAUUUCUAUUCAAACUUCGUUCCAAAAUGAACAUUUUGCAGUGGAUCUCCGCCGCGUAGAAAACUCAACGAUAGGAAUGCCCGUUUUCACUAACCCCGACAUGGUCGCCAGCGCCGCCGUUCAACUAGCAGCCAGUGAAAUCGACCUCGAGAAGCUCAAGUUCGUUUCAAACCUCAAAUUUUCAGAGUUUUUUUGGACACGGGGAAUAAAAAAAUGAGAGAACAUAAAAUUUAAAAAAAAAGACGCUCUUCAACUUUUUGAAGAAUAAUCAUCAAACACCUUGGCGUCCGGUUGAUAAUUCCUAGAUAUAAGAAGCUUUUUUUAAACGGAACUUUUCUGAUCAAUUUUGAUUCAGAAAAACUUGAGUAAAUCCACAAGAAAGUUGUUUUGAAACAUUUUUUUCUUAUCAACUGUUUUUCUAUGGAGAGUUUUAUCGUGUUUAUAGGGAAUAUGUAUACGAAAGAAAAGUAGUCGAAUCUAAGAAAAAGUGAUUUUCUUGAAAGUUUAAAUAGUCUUCAUGAAGCUCUGAACCGAGAGGAAUUUGUCCAUUCCGUUUUUCCCAAUUAUGCUCAAAAAGAGCAAGGAAACAGGUCAUUAAAAGUCAGCAUUUACCUGUGAAUAGAAAAUCGCGUUUGAUAAAACGAAGAUUACGCUCCUGAUUGACGGAUUCAGGUAUGUGGACAGCAUCGGAGUGUUGCUAGAAAGCCUUUCAUCGCUGCCGCAAGUGAGAAUCGCGGACCCCGCUUCGAUGGCCGCCAAAAUGAGGCAGAUGGUCGCCGCCGGCAACAAGAAGCUGCUCGUUAUCUCCGACUUUGACUUCACCCUCUCCCGGUACGCCAACGAGUCUGGAGAACGGCUGUCGACCACCCACGGCGUCUUCGACGACAACGCCGCGCGCGUCGAUCCAGAACUCGGAAAGAAGGUUUUCCCCCUUUCAGGAUCCAUGGGAAAAUUCCAUAAUCGCCUCUCACCCGGUUAUAGCCCAACACGUUCGAACAAGACCCCCCAAGGCAAAUUUUGACUGGUAAGGGGGGGGGGGGGCUAUAAUCUUAUCAUAUACGCGCCCCUCACAGUACUUGGUAAAGGACGAUCCUAGAAUACCUAGGUAAUCUACAAAAAAUGGCCUCUACCCAAUUUUGGAAUGAGCAUUGAAUGCCUUGUCCGGUUCAGCAACAUAACUGCGAUAACUUCAUCUAUUUAAGGAGGGGAGCAGUUUUUUUUAGAUCAAAUAACGAGUAAAAAACCUUAUGAUUCAUAUAAAUUUUUUUUUCUCUGUAUUACUCCUUAUAUUGGUAUUUUUGGGCUUGCACCUUCCCCAUGUUAACAUGAUGAAUUGAAUUUCGGGAGUCUUAUCAUUCAAAACAUACAAAUACGAGUAUGAAACAAACAAACAAUGAAACAUUUUCGCUGCACACAAGUAUUACCUUUUUUAUCACCAAAAAGAAGUUUGCGUAGAACAUCUGAAAAACGCUCAAAAAAGGCCCAAGAAAGGCAGCAAAAACAGUCCCUUUAUCGAGCCUUCCAUUUUUCUGGGAUUCUGAAGGCUCUAGAAAUGGUGGGAAAGAAGAGGCAGCAAUAAUGGUGCAUAAAAGCCGAUGAAAUGACGUAAAAAUGAAGCAAAAAGAAACCUUUGGUACCCUAAAAGGAACAUUUUUAUGGAGCCUUUUUCCACCCUUUCCGACUUUUCCUAUCUAUUGGGUGUGAUAGUUUUUUCAAUUAAUAUAAUUUUUGAGGCACUAUCUUCAUCAUUUUCAGUUUGAUGAGUUGCGCAUGAAGUACUACCCAAUCGAGUUUGACCCGAAACUGACGGUCGAGGAAAAGAUACCUCACAUGGAGGCUUGGUAGUUCAUUUUAGUUUUCAUAUGAAUAAAAAUGAGAUUUAGGUGGGGAACGUCGCACGGCUACAUCGUCCAGUCUGGCUUCACUCGUGCCAUGAUUGAGGAUUUUGUCAGGAAAUCGCGCGUUGUGCUCAGGUUUGCUGGGAAGCUAUCCCGGAGAAGGAAACGAAUAAGUGUUCAGAGAUGGCGCUUCGGAGCUGAUGCAAAGUAUGGAAGCUGUUGGAACACCUCUGGUCAUUUUCUCGGCCGGCAUCGGCAACGUCAUCGAGAUUUUCCUCCGCCAAAAGCUAGGAAGUGUCCCCCGGAACGUCCAUUUCAUCUCCAACAUGAUCUUGUUCGAUUCCAAUGUGAGUCUUUUUUGUCCUCAAACUCAGUGACCUGUUUCACCUUGCUGUAUGUAAAUUAACUAGAGCGUGUUGAAAUGGUUUCUUUCGUGUUCAGGACAAGGCGUGCGCUUUCUCCGAACCGCUCAUCCAUACGUUCUGCAAAAACUCGUCGGUCAUCCAGAAGGAGGCGUCGUUCUUCCAUCAGAUUGCUGGCAGGUCUGUUCAGAACGUUCUCGAGGAAUUGAAAUGAUUCAAACCGGAACAUGAAGGAAAGAUUGGCGUUUAGGUUCAGGCAGGAAUACCUUUAUUCUUGGUGGUAUGAAAAAAAACCAGCGAAAAUUCAAAAGGCGACUUUUCCUUUUUUUCAUUUCGCUAGGGAACUUUCCGACGGCCACCUUUCCGACGGAUCCCUUUCUGACCUUUUUCUAUUAUCUUUUUCGGUUUAUAAAACAUCUAUGAACAUUUUUUUCCUAUUUCUUUGUGUUUUAAUUAUGAAAAAACUACCUACUUUAUAUAGGAAGAUGUAAAACGAAGAGUUUAUCGAGAAAAAAAAGUCGGAAAAAGUUUCGUCGGAAAGGUGGCCGUCGGAAAGUUCCCUAGCGAUAUGAAAAAAUCGGAAAAGUCGCCGUUUGAAUUUUCGCUGGUGUUUUUUUCAUACCACCUUAUUCUUUGAUUUUGAUUCAUUCAUUCGCGGCAAAAAAGUUAGUGUAACAUUCCAAAAUUUAACUCAAUAAGUUUAUUAUCGUUUCAGUGGAGGCAAUAUGCAAAGGAUUAGUGAUUUUGAGCAGAGUAGUAAUGAAACGGGAAUAGUCUACAAAAAAAUGUUUUCAUAAAUUUUAACCACGAUUUUGAGCAUUCUGGUUUGUCUGGGCUCUCGUCGAAGCAACGUAGGAAAUGGGAAUUUCUAGUAAACAAAAGUGUGAAAAAGCCAAAGUAUCUGAAGUCAUGAAGAAUGAAGAACACUUAUGAAAUCCAGAGUGGUCCCUCUAGGGGCAACCUUAGGGCCUCUUGGAGGGUCCUCUCUAGGGACCACUAAAGCUUGCAGAAGUGGUCCCUAUAGGAGGCUUGCUAAUCGAUAAUUGUUAUGAACUCUAAGCGAAGAAGCAUUUUCAUGGGAAAAAAACUGAAAAAAUAAGCGUUUUUUGAAUGAAGUUGAGAGACCCCUAUAGGUUCCACUUGAUUUUUAGACGGUAAUGGGUCAGACCCUGAACACCUAUAAGGACCACCUUCAUCUUACCCCCAUAGGGAUCACAUUUCGGUCCCUAUAAAGGUUAUUUUCCCCCUACCCCUAUAGGGACCACUCUGGGGUUUCUAAGUGUGCGUAGGAAGUUUCUCUUUCAGGACAACUUUAUAACUUUCCAUUUUUUUUUCAGAUCAAACGUCAUCCUCAUGGGAGACAGCAUGGGCGACAUUCACAUGGACGUCGGCGUCGAAAAAGACGGGCCAACCCUUCGUAUCGGCUUCUACAACGGCGAUGUUCGAUUUGCGUUGCCUUUGGCCUUACCUAAAAUGGAGAUUCAGGUGAACGAUGAAGCCUCGCUGGACCACUACAUGGCGGCCUACGACAUCGUCCUGGUGCACGACAGCACGAUGAACGUCCCUCAACGGAUCUUCGACCUCGUCUCCAAGUAA